CAAAGAGGAGGAGGAGGAAGCGGCGGCGGGCCCCGCGCUGGACUGGCGAGCGGGACUCGGCGGCCGCAGAGUGCCAGCAGCCCCGCGGCGAGGCGCGACCCCGCCAUGCCGUGCGUGGGUGACUGGCUGAACAGCCCCCUGAGCAUCGUGCAGGGCAUCUUCGCCCAAAAUGUUCCAAACUCUGACUGGGAGAAGAAGGUAACUGAAUACUUCAAGGAGAAAUUAAAAGAAAAUAAUGCUACUAACUGGGUUCCAUCACUGAAUGAUGUUCCUGUACAUUACCUGAAACCGAACAGCUUAGUGAAAUUUCGCUGCAUGGUUCAAGAUAUGUUUGAUCCUGAGUUUUACAUGGCAGUGUAUGAAACAGUUGACCCAAACACAAAUGCACGUGUUUUGCAUUUUGGUAAAUACAGAGAUGUGGCAGAAUGUGGGCCUCAGCAGGAAAUCGAUUUGAACUCCUCACAAACAGUCACCUUGGAGAGACAGACUUUCUACUGUGUUCCAGUGCCUGGUGAAUCAGCAUGGGUAAAAGAAGCCUACAUCAGUGCCAGCCAAGCCCGAGUGAGCCCUUCGACCUCCUACACCCCCAGCCGCCACAAGAGGAGCUAUGAGGAGGAUGAGGACAUGGAUCUGCAUCCCUCCAAACAGAAAGAACAACACCUGGGCAGUGGAGGUGAUAUCCAUGGAUGUGUGGAGCCAAAGAGAUUAGAAACAGAAGCUUCUGCAGGUCACCAUGUCAUUUCUCCCAACUGCUCCCCUCCACUUGACCUAAAUUUUCCCUUGCCAGGAGAGAAGGGACCAGCGUGUCUUGUAAAGGUCUAUGAGAACUGGGAGAGCUUCAAAGUCAAUGAUGUGCUGGAGGUGUUUGGUGUUCUGUCUGUGGACCCAGUGCUGAGCAUAGUGAACAGUGAAGAGAGGGACAGCUCAACCCUGGAUCCUAUGGAGUGCAUGGACACAGCAGAGGAGCAGAGAGUGCACAGCCCCCCAGCCUCCUUAGUGCCCAGGAUCCAUGUGAUUUUGGCACAGAAGUUGCAACACAUUAACCCCUUGCUGCCUGCCUGCCUUAAGGAAGAGGAGAGUAAAACCUUUGUUUCUAAUUUCAUGUCUGAGCUGUCACCAGUGAGAGCAGAGUUGCUGGGGUUCCUCACCCAUGCCCUCUUGGGAGACAGUUUGGCUGCUGAAUACCUGAUAUUGCAUCUCAUUUCUACAGUUUAUGCCAGACGGGAUGUGCUUCCUCUGGGAAAAUUCACCGUGAACCUGAGCGGCUGUCCCCGGAACAACGCCUUCGCGGAGCACCUGUACCGCCUCAUCCAGCAGCUGGUGCCAGCAUCCUACCACCUCCGGAUGAGCAUCGAGAGCAUGAACCACUCGCGCUUCAUCCCGCACAAGGACUACACGGCCAAUCGCCUGGUCAGUGGGCUGCUGCAGCUGGCCAGCAACACCUCCCUGCUCAUAGAUGAGACCCAGCUGGAGCAGGGACAGCUGGACACAGCAGGUGUCCAUAAUGUGACAGCACUGGGUAACCUGAUCACUUGGCAGAAGGUGGAUUAUGACUUCAAUUACCACCAGAUGGAAUUCCCAUGCAACAUUAAUGUUCUGAUCACCUCCGAGGGCCGCUCGCUCCUGCCGUCAGAUUGCCAAGUCCACUUACAACCACAGAUAAUUCCCCCAAACAUGGAAGAGUACAUGAGCAGCCUCCUCACUGCAGUGCUGCCCUCUGUGCUGAACAAAUUCCGAAUUUAUCUGAGUUUAUUGCGGCUGCUGGACUACAGCAUAUCUGAUGAGGUGACCAAGGCAGUAGAAGAAGACUUUGUGGAAAUGCGCAAGAACAACCCUGAGAGCGUCACUGCCGAUGACCUGCACAAAAUGUUGCUCGUGGCCAGGUUCCUGUCGCUCAGUGCGGGGCAGACGACGCUGUCGAGGGAGAGGUGGCUGAGAGCAAAGCAACUCGAGGCACUGCGGAAGGCCAGGCUGCAGCAGCAGCAAUGUGUCAAUGGCAAUGAACUUUAACACCUGCUGGAUGUCACUCUGAAAAUUUCUCUAAUCCUAGGUGGAGCCCAUACUAAGAUUGGAAUAUUGUUUAUACCAGUUUUUGUAGAUAAUUUAUACCAAAAAGUUAUGGAUAUUCACCCUUGCAGUCUGAACACGCUUAACUCUGUUCAGCCACCUAAACAUAUUUUAUGGAAUUUUUUUGGACCCUGUUUUGUAAUUGAAAAUUGGUAACAUUGAGCAAAUUGUUUGAUAUUAAACUUUAAUACUGAGCUUGUGUAAACUUACUUCCUUUAAUAAUAAAAAAAUGUAAGCCAGAGCCCUUCAUACAGAGCAGUGGUCGGCUCUGGUUUG